AUGCUGCUGCCACACUCCGCUUACUCUCGAACUGAGAUCAUCGGCCAGGGCAAAUUCGGUGUGGUGUACAAGGGUUUAAAUCGGCAUACCAAGAAGGUGGUGGCCAUUAAGGUAUUGGAACUAGAUACUAAGUACGAUGAAGUUGUCGAUGUUCAACAAGAGAUCCAGUUUUUGUCCGAUCUCAAGCAAGCACCCAACGUCACCCAUUAUUACGGCCUGUUCUUAGUUGGAACAAAGCUCUGGAUCAUCAUGGACUACUGCGCUGGAGGAUCAAUCCGGACGUUGCUCAAGGCUGGAGUAUUCGAAGAGAGAUAUAUCGCAAUCGUGGUAAGAGAGGUACUUCUAGCGCUUCUGGCUGUCCACAAGCUCGGUGUGAUCCACAGGGACAUCAAAGCUGCCAAUAUCUUGAUCACCAAUGAGGGAAACGUUCAACUCUGUGAUUUUGGAGUGGCUGCACAACUAACGUCCAGUUCGCUAAAAAGAACUACCAUUGCCGGUACACCCUUCUGGAUGGCGCCUGAAGUUAUUCGUGAGGGAGCUCAGUACAAUGUCAAAGCAGACAUUUGGUCACUUGGUAUCACAAUCUACGAAAUUGCUACAGGGAACCCACCUUAUGGUGAUAAAGGUGCUACUUGGGCCAUGACAAUGAUUGAAAAGCUGACUCCGCCCCGACUCGAGGGCCGUGAGUAUCCUCAAGCGCUCAAAGAGUGCAUUGCAUUGUGUUUGGACGAAAAUCCAGUUGAGCGACCUUCUGCAGAUGAAUUGCUGCGGUGCAAGUUGGUCAGAAACUACAAAAGUACUCCUACCAGCAUUUUGAAGGAGGUGAUUUCGCGUUACUUGCUUUGGAGAGACCACAAUCUGUCUCAAGACUCUGUUUACGUGAACACAGAGGACGAAGCGGCUCCAGGUACAAAUCAACUUCAAGUGAAGUGGGAUUUUGACUCGUUGAGCUCGAGAGAAUAUAUCAUUGAGAACGAUAUCCAUAUCGACAUGGAUAAGGAGGAGUUCUCCUAUGAGGAUGAGGAAUAUGGAUUAAACACGCAACCCACAUACCAGUACAAUUCUGGCAUUAAUGACACCAUCACUGCUUCCAAGCAUCUUACACAAACAAAUUCUGGAAGCAGAGACAGAACAGGAAGUCAGAUUCGAAACGGUACAACCGCUCCACAGGAGAACUCGGUUCUGAAGACUUUGACGUCACUUUUUGAAGAAGAAGAUACACAGGAAGAUUAUUCAAGUUCUGGAUAUGACAUUCCUCGCAUUCCUACGUUGACCAACUUGAAGGGCGAAAUGCAUGCAACCAGCUCUCCCACCAUUGAAAUCCCAGACAUGGAGAACCUUUCCAAGAUGGGAAGCUUUCUGGCAUCAACUCAAAAUUUGAGCCAAUCUGGAACCAGUGCAUGGAGCAGCUCCAAUGACACAUUUCCAAAGCUUGCCAAACCACCAGCUUUAACGCAUUCGCAGUCUUCACUGGCUGCACUAGAAUCUAGACACAAUUCGCCCACUUCUGGAAACCGUCAGCGGAAGAAAACUAUCUCCAACACAUACGCACCGAUGUCUCAUUCUCACGGUCUGCUUAUGGAUACCAGCCCUCAUACUCCGUCGUACUUGACGGAGAACCCACCAAGGCAAACACCCUCACCGCUGACCCAGCAUGCAGCGAUGUUACACGAGGGCAGUGUCACCAGCAGUCCUUCUAAAUCGAUGCGUGCGCUUCAUUCAACGAAUAACCCUAUGCUCCAGCCGAUUAAUUUCAAGCUAGGAAACGAGGGAACUAUUAAGCCCACUUCCUCAAUUGUGAAUUCGACGCUGUCCAAUUCAAUCACAGGUCAGUUGAAUGCACCAGCACCCAUUAUGAGUUCGCACUUGGCCACUCUGCCAAACACGAAUCAUGGUACGAAUGGUACUACGAAUGGUGGUCCGAGUGGUAGCACGCUUACAGCCACGUCACACAUAGCACCAUCUGCUCUUCCAGGAUCUUCAGAUGGAUCGAAGAAAGAGAAGCCUUCGUUGAGGAUCCAAAUGCCAGUUCCGUCCAAUUCGUUCAACAUUCUAUCUGCUUUGACAAAUGAAGAAGAGAACAAAAAUAACGAAAACGUCAACCAAUUUGGUAUCAAUCCUGCUAUGGUCAAUAAAAUGGCGUCAAUGACUCCAGUGGCUGAGAAAGACACUCAGCUAGGUGACACCGACAAGGAAAUGCGGGACCCUGCACUAUUGCAACGCCAAAUCCAGCAAAAGAAAGUAGCCAGCCUUAUGGGUCCCAAAACAGCUCCAGUCAAUGGACCCGCCGUGUCUUCUAGCAUGGGAUACUUCCCACGGAAUCCAUCGGUGAGUAAUUUGCCUGUCAAGGCUGCAAAAUUCCCAACCAUUCCAGCAUUCAAUAGUGAGCUCUUUUCCGACACCACACCACGGGCAAAAAUAACACAGGAGCUUGAGACGGUAAUGAGACUUUUCAUUCAGGGCUUGGAAGUGGUAGACAAUGGCUUGUAA